AUGACAAGCCCCCGGUCGUUGGGGCCACCGUCUCUUCCGAUUCACUCUCCAACACGGCACUAUGACUCCUGGGACUGUAUGCUUCCGGGACCUCCCAGUCGCAACAACUUCGGAUCCGCCGACAUCAGCCCUUCCGGUCUGCUCGCUUUCCCCUCCGGCAGCUCAGUCUCCAUUGUCGAUUCUCGUUCUAUGCAACUCAUCACAUCAAUUCCCAUGCCUCCGCCGUCAACUACUACUUCUUCUCUCUCCCCUUUCGUGACCUCUGUACGGUGGACUCCUCUCCCCCUCCGCCGUGACCUCCUCACUACUGAGCCCUCCACUUCGCACCUUCAUCUCGCCGCUGCUGAUCGUCAAGGCCGCAUUGCUCUCCUUGAUUUCCGCUUGAAGUCCCCAACUAUCUGGUUCGAUACUAGCGACUACAAGUUUGGUGUUCAGGAUCUGUGCUGGGUGCGGUCUGGACCCGACUCGUACUUUAUCGCUGCAAUUCACGGCGCCUCGGCUCUCUCCCUCUAUAGUGUUACCACUGGUCGAUGUGUCUGGAAAUAUGACGCCUCCCCUGAAUAUUUGUCUUGCAUUCGCUUCGAUCCUUUCGAUUCGCGCCAUUUUUGCGUAAUUGGUCUCAAAGGGUUCCUUCUAUCGGUUCAAGUUCUUGGCGAGAAAGAAAACGACGUUGUCAUUAAGGAGCUACGGAUUGGAACCGACUGCACCGAAUUGCAGAAGCUAGAAAGGGAUGCGGCUGCCGGAUCGUCGUCGCCGGCCUCCGCCAUAUUUCCUCUUUAUAAUGCGAAAUUUUCAUUUUCGCCUCAGUGGAGGCACAUUCUGUUUGUAACAUUUCCAAGGGAGUUGGUGGUGUUUGACUUGCAGUAUGAGGCGGCACUUUUUAGCACCUCAUUGCCUCGUGGGUGUGGUAAAUUCCUUGAUGUGUUGCCGGAUCCGAACAGUGAGUUGCUCUACUGUCCUCACCUGGAUGGAAGGCUCAGUACCUGGCGGCGAAAAGGAGGUGAACAAGUCCACAUAAUGUCUGCAAUGGAGGAGUUGCUGCCUUCAAUUGGCACAUCUGUUCCAUCUCCUUCAGUUCUUGCUGUUGUCAUCUGCCAGUCUGAUUCCAUCCUCCAAAAUGUUGGCAAGCUUUGUUCUGAUGUACCUCAUUCUCCUGAUGCACAUUCCGAAGCAGCUAUUGAUACUCCAUUUGAUUUUUGUGAUGAAUCCCGUCAUGUCUCUUCAACAAACUUGAUAUCCAUCUCUGAUGAUGGAAAAGUAUGGAACUGGCUUGUAACUUCCGAAUGCGCUGAAGACACUCAGAAGGAUGACGCAGGUGUCAGUACGAGCAAAGUGCCAGCCUCAGACAGCAACACUGACCACACGGGUUCUUCUACAAGUGGUGGUCGUCCACCCUCUGACCUCAGCAAACUGGAUUUGUCAUUUAAGAUCAGUUUAGUUGGUCAGCUUCAGCUUCUUUCUUCUGCAGUAACGAUGCUAGCAGUGCCAUCUCCAUCCUUGGUAGCUACAAUAGCUCGUGGAGGAAACGAUCCUGCUGUUGCCGUACCAUUGGUUGCUUUAGGGACUCAAAGUGGAACCAUUGAUGUUAUUGAUGUUUCUGCCAAUUCUGUUGCAUCGUCCUUUUCCGUUCAUAAUAGUGUCGUUAGAGGCUUGCGGUGGCUAGGGAAUUCCAGACUGGUGUCAUUUUCUUACAGUCAGGUGAAUGAGAAGUCUGGAGGUUUCAUUAAUCGUCUCGUUGUGACCUGUCUUAGAAGUGGCUUUAAUAGAACCUUCCGUGUUUUGCAAAAGCCAGAACGUGCGCCCAUCAGAGCUUUAAGGGCUUCUUCAUCUGGAAGGUAUCUUCUUAUCCUGUUUCGAGACGCUCCGGUUGAAGUUUGGGCAAUGACAAAGACUCCUAUCAUGCUUAGAUCGUUAGCUCUUCCAUUUACAGUUUUGGAAUGGACACUUCCAACAGUUCCGCGGCCUGUUAAAGAGCGUACUACCAUGACACCGGAUACUGUAUCUUCAUCAACGAAGGCAUCAUUAUCUGAUUCUAAGGCACCAGAAGGCAAUCAGGAUGAAACUUCUGAAAGCUUUGCGUUUGCACUGGUAAAUGGUGCACUUGGAGUGUUUGAGGUUAAUGGGCGAAGAAUUCGGGACUUCAGACCCAAAUGGCCUUCAUCUUCCUUUGUUUCAUCUGAUGGAUUAAUUACAGCCAUGGCCUACCGCUUGCCACAUGUGGUCAUGGGUGAUAGAUCAGGUAACAUUCGCUGGUGGGAUGUAACAACCGGGCAUUCUUCUUCUUUUAACACCCACAGAGAAGGAAUCAGGCGAAUCAAAUUUUCCCCUGUAGUUCCUGGAGACCACAGCAGAGGACGUAUAGCUGUUCUAUUUUAUGAUAAUACAUUUUCCGUAUUUGAUCUUGAUUCACAGGAUCCCUUGGCUAAUUCCAUUUUACAACAUCAAUCUCAAGGGACCCUUGUCUCGGAACUUGAUUGGUUGCCUCUACGAACGGAUAGAAAAGAUCCUCUAGUUUUGUGUAUUGCUGGAGCUGAUAGUAGCUUUCGCCUUGUUGAGAUCAUAGUUAAUGGAAAAAAGCAUGGCUAUGGACCCAAGACGGUCAAGGAAAGAUUUCGGCCGGUGCCUAUAUGUUCGCCAAUGUUACUUCCUACUCCACAUGCAUUGGCAUUGCGGAUGAUCUUGCAGUUAGGUGUAAAGCCCUCCUGGUUAAAUACGAGACCUCAACUCGUGUCUGGAGUUUCAGCAGCUGGUGGUGACCUUCGGAGUCAUAUGAUGGACCUACCCCCUGUUGGUGAUUCUGUGGUGCCAGAAAUGCUUCUUAAGGUGCUUGAACCUUACCGUGUAGAAGGUUGCAUACUUGAUGAUGCGAGGGCAAAAUUAUAUUCGAAGUUAGUACGUAAAGGCUCUGCUUUGAGGUUUGCCUUCGCUGCUGCAAUUUUUGGUGAAUGGUCUGAAGCCCUUUUUUGGCUACAGUUGCCCAAUGCUCUAAGUCAUCUGAUGAAUAUGUUAGCCAAUAAGUCUCCCCAGAGAGGCCGAUCCUCUGCUUCUAAUGUGGAUCUUGAUGAAGUUUCAAUGCUGAAUAGGAUAAGCUCAAAGGGAAAAUCAAUGCCAAGAACUGGGAAGAAAGAAUCAUUUGGUCAAGGCCAUCUUAUGGCAAUGGCUUUCAAAGAAGAAGAUUUGUGGGAAAGUGCAAGUGAACGCAUAACUUGGCAUGAAAAAUUGGAUGGGGAAGAGGAUAUUCAAAACCGUGUACAUGAGCUUGUGUCUGUUGGAAACUUAGAAGCUGCUGUUAGUAUACUGCUUUCAACCUCUCCAGAGAGCUCUUACUUCUAUGCAAAUGCUUUACGUGCCGUUGCACUUUCUUCAGCAGUGUCAAGAUCACUUCUAGAACUAGCUGUCAAGGUUGUUGCAGCCAACAUGGUGAGAAGUGACCGGUCAUUGUCUGGAACUCAUCUUCUCUGCGCUGUUGGAAGAUAUCAAGAAGCUUGUUCUCAGCUUCAAGAUGCUGGAUGCUGGACGGAUGCUGCGACUUUAGCUGCCACACAUUUGAAAGGAUCUGACUAUUCGAGGGUGCUACUAAGGUGGGCCAAUCACGUCUUCCAUAGCGAACAUAACAUCUGGAGGGCGCUGAUAUUGUAUGUCACAGCUGGUGCACUACAAGAGGCACUAGCAGCACUUCGCGACUCGCAACAACCCGAUACUGCAGCCAUGUUCAUAGUGGCUUGUCGAGAAAUACAUACAGAGUUUAUCUCAAAUUUCGAAAACUCAGAUGAUGAGUCGGAUUCUCAUGGUUCGAAGAAAGAACUCGUUGUUAAGUUGCCCGGGUUGGACCCUGCAAAUGAUGAUGUUAUUGCAGUUGGUGAAUACUAUGGACAAUACCAGAGAAAACUUGUGCACCUCUGCAUGGAUUCCCUGCCUUAUUCUGAUUAAAGAGCGUGAGAUUUACUUCUCUCCGUGUCUGAUUUGAUUGAUUAUUUAACUCUCCAGGGAUUUUGCAUUUUAAUGAGUAUACAUCCCUGAACUGAAACCACAUGGAUUCAUACGCUGAAAUAACUGAGAAUAGAAACGGCUUCCUUGGAUCAGAGGUUAGCUGCAGAGAGCAAAUCUUGUUAAAGCAUAGAUCUCUCCAGAGAAAAAGGAUUUGAUUGUGGCUGUAUGAUCUAGAAAUCUUUAUAGAGUUUAUUCACAUUUUUCCUUACUUGUAUAUAGCAGCUUUUGGAUAACAUGAACGAUUCAUGGGAUUGAAUGGGCAUGAAUUGGACAAUACCGGACAGGGUUUUGUA